AUGCCAUCUUACUUCUAUCACUUGAAAUUCGAAUUAUAUCCUUCCCCAACUCCUGACACAAACUCGACGACAACAGGCUCAGCGGAGAGAGAGGAAAGAGAGAUCUGGGUUCCGCCACCCGGCACAGAUAUUUUUGAUAGCUCCUCUUGGCCUCGACACAAACCUGUCACUAAGGAGGAAGCAGAGGAUAGCAGACAUCUACCAAGAAGGGCGAACGAAGACCUGCGAAAGAGCAGCACUCAAGGAGAGGCCGAUCGACUCUCUACUGGAGCCGUGAUCGACUGUGGACCUUCACGCGCGACGACCAGCGAUCACGACACUGCACCACUCGUCCGCGUACCUACAAAGCAGAAGCCUAACUUCUCAGCGCUCGCGCCGCGCGACCAGCGAACCGCGAUCAAAGACUGGAGGUUUGGACGCGUGCGGGUGGAGGGCGUGGAUAUGCUACCGACGGCGGAGUCACCCAGCAGCAGGCCCGCGCGUGCGGCGGAGGCAGAGGGCAGGCAGGAUGGGAUAAACGCGGGGCUGGCGACGGGGGCGAGCGGGGGCCGGGUCACGAAGGCGGAGUUCCGGGCGCUGGAGGGGAAGAAUACGGAGGUGGGGUGGGGGAUCGUGCACUUAUAUCGUGAUGGGGAGGAGACGCCGGGGCUGGGGUCUGGCGUGGAUGUCUAUCAAGCGCUCGAAGGGGGAGGGAAUGCUGAGGUAGCGGGGGAUAAGGGGGAGAGGGAGGAUUGCACGACGUUGUGUAUCCCUGCUGUCCCGAGCUAUCUUACUCCAAGUGAUUUUCUCGGCUUUGUGGGAGAGAAGACGAGGGAGGAAGUCAGUCACUUUAGGAUGGUGAUGACGGGCCGGAUGAAUAGGUAUCUGGUGCUCAUGAAGUUCAGGGACAAUGCGGUUGCGAGGAAGUGGAGAGCGGAGUGGGAUGGGAAGGUCUUCAACGAUAUGGAGCCGGAAACCUGUCACGUAACCUUCAUCAAGUCCAUAACGUUCCAGACGUCCACCUCAUCAAACCCAAACAGCAGCUUCCCCGAGCUCUCUCACGAUCCCUUUACGCCGUCAGCUCCGACGUCCACCUUCCUGAAACCAUUCCCACCACCAACCCCGAACCUCGUCGAGCUGCCUACCUGCCCCGUCUGUCUCGAGCGUAUGGAUGACACGACCGGCCUCCUCACCAUCCUCUGCCAGCACGUAUUCCACUGCGCCUGCCUGCAAAAAUGGCGUGGGACUGGAUGUCCCGUGUGCAGACACACGAACCCCUCUCUCGCGGCCUCGCAACCACCCAGCAAUCCCUAUCAGUACGACUCUUCCAACCCGCCCUUCGGCAGCGGCGAAGCCUCGCUGUGCAGCGUCUGCGACUGCACGGAUGAUCUCUGGAUCUGUCUCAUCUGCGGCAACGUAGGCUGCGGCCGCUACAAAGGCGGGCACGCCAAAGAGCACUGGAAAGAAUCCGCCCACAACUUCGCCCUCGAGAUCGAGACGCAGCACGUCUGGGACUACGCCGGCGACAUGUGGGUGCACCGACUGAUCCGCGACAAGGGCGACAGCAAGCUCAUCGAGCUGCCCUCCUCCAGCAGCCGCUCGGGGCUCGGCUCCGGCCAACGCGGCGGCGGCGGCGGCGGCACGGGCGACAUGGAGAUGGUCCCGCGCGAGAAGCUCGACCGCAUCGGCAUGGAAUACACGCACCUCCUCACCUCGCAGCUCGAGAGCCAGCGCGUCUACUUCGAAGAGCUAGUCAGCAAAGCCGCGGCCAAAGCCAGCGCAGCCACGUCAGCCGCCGCCGCCGCCAGCGCGCGCGCCGACGAAGCCCUCGCCAAACUCAGCGAGCUCAGCCUCGCGCACGCGCACCUCCGCGACGAAGUCGUGCCCAACCUCGAGAAAGACCUCGCGCGGGAGAAGAAGCGCGCGGAGCGGUCCUCAGAAGUAGCGCGGGGCUUCGGCAAGAGCCUCACAGAAGAGAAGAAAGUCUCGGAGGGCCUGCUGCAGAGGGUCAGCCAUGUGAACGCGAGCAUGAUGAAGCUGAGCAAGGAGUUG